AUGUUAGUCGUCGUGUAAAAAUGGAGGCGUCGUUGAAUAUCAGCUAUGUCAGUUCGAAUCAAAGUUCUCCUCUCAUUGGACUUACAUUGCAUCAGCUGCUUGAGAAGAGGGUUAAUGAACAUCCAGAUCGUGAAAUAUAUGUCUUUCCCGAAGAUGGCGAGAGAAUCACAUUCAAAGCUUUUAAAGAUCGGGUUUUUACAUUUUGCCGGCUUUCCCAAAUACCAGCGUGAAAGAUAUUUUGCUUCAAACGGAUUGUAAAGUGAUUGUAUUAGGAAGGACCCCCAAUAACCUGUUUGAUAGAUUAGAAGACAUCAGAACAAUAAGUGCUGAAGGUGUAACGAAAACUAUGCAUCUAGAUGUAAUUAUUGGUGUUAGUAAGAAUAAUAAAAGUGGAGCAUGUGAUGUCAAUGAUAUUGAGAAGCUUGGGUCAGAUCCUAAAGUUGUUGAACUCUUCAAGCUCAAAAAGGACGAAGUUAUUUUUGAUGAUGACAGCGACAUUUUCAUUACUUCAGGAUCUACUGGUAAACCGAAGUACGCGGUUCAUACACAUUUUAGUGUGAUUAAUGGAGUAAAGGGUAUGUUUUACUACCUUGAAGGAAUGCCAAAUAAAGAGAAUCGAAGAAUCAUUCUUGGGCUUAAUACAGCUCAUAUUAGUGGAGAAGGAAGUGGGGUGUUGUCCCCAUUGGUGGCUUCUAUGACGUCAGUGUUUGCGCCCCCUGUGUACAACAUAAAACAGAUUGUGCAGACAAUUCAAAAUGAAAGGUGUACUGAUGUGCUCUUCUUAAUUACUUAUCUAUACGACAUGUUGAACUUCAAGGACAUCGGAGAAUAUGAUGUAACCUCUCUCGAUAUUUGUUUAACCGGAGGAUCAAACAUCCCUCCAAAAUUGGCGAAGGACUUUGAAGAAAAAUUUGCUUGCAAAAUUCUGAUAGCGUAUGCUUCAACUGAAAUGAUGGUACCAUCCAUAAGCUCUCCGUGGGACCCAUUGGAGGCGCGGUGUUCUGGAGUUCGAAUAUUGCCAAAUGCAGAGAUACAGUUGGUUGAUGAUGACGGAAAGUGUGUACCUCUUGGCAGUAAUGGUGAAAUUUGGUGCCGCUGUUGUAGUAACUUUCAGAGAUACAUGGGGAAUGAUGAACAGACGAAAGCAGCUAAAUCGCCCCACGGGUGGUUUAAAACUGGUGACCUUGGUGUUUUUAACGCGGCUGGUGUCCUGUCAAUAGUCGGGAGAAAAAAGGAUAUGAUAGACAGGGGUGGUAUAAAGAUUUUUCCCGCCGACAUAGAAAAUGUUCUCUCACAACAUCCAUCUAUUGAGCAGGUUCAGGUAAUUGGGGUACCGGAUGAGCGCCUAUCUGAAGAAAUUUGUAUUUGCUUAAGGACAAAGAAGAACGCCAUCAUUGAAAAAGACCAGAUUGUCUCUCACCUAACUGGAAAGGUGAGACUCGAAGAAAGUGUACCUGGCUAUGUGUUGAUUUUUGACAGUUUUCCGAAAUCGAUUACUGGAAAGAUUGACCGUAUGAGUCUCACAAAACAGGCCAUAGACCGAAUUCAAAGUAAGGUACAAUGAACGGAAAAACAAUAUUGUCAGAACACCGACUCCAGGGAGCUGCGGUCUAUGAAGUUAUAAUAACAUUCACCGACAUUGAUGUCAACACAACGUUGGAAAAACCUUUGCAACCUUAUUUCUAAGAUACAAAAAUUUUAAAAUUACAUUUAUAAAGCUUAGAUAUUACAUUAUAAAUGCUGUAACGAAAUUUGGGAUUUUCCCCGGGACCACCAAGGUAAUUGGGAAUGGACUAACCCACAUAUGAAAUGAAUCAGCCCAAACUUUAAUCUAACCAAUUAGAUUGACCCUCCAAUAUUUGUUUUGGGCAAGAAGUGCAAAUUAACUACAUAAGUUGAGUACAGUUUGGGAUUCAAAUAGACUUGCCACAAGUCUCUUAUUAUUUUUUUCCUCAUUCUGGACAGCACCCCACCAACGUGAAAAUUAAUUUAGAGACGGAGACGGUAAUUGUAAAACACUGAAUGCAGGUACCAGGAUGUCAAACGAAUGUGAUAAUCUUAUAUUCCAUAUUUGGAUAAAUGAGCGGACCGAAACAAACAAUUUUGACCAAUCACAAUGUUCACAUUUUUGCGGAACCACCAAACUAAGUCACUCGCGGCGACUAGUUAGGCAUGGCUAAAAAAUAGUCUUUCCUAAUAAAACGGGCCUGAAAUAUUUAAAAUAGGCCCUAGUAAAACUAGUGGGCAAUUGCAAAAAGAAUUAAGUUUACGUAGAAUCUUCAUUUGUACCAAAAAAUGUCCUAAAAUUGAGAAAAUAAAAUUGUCCUAAAAUUGAAGAAGAAAAAAAAUGAAAAUUGGAUACCAAGAUGUUAUAAAAUCCAUAUUACAAUAGUGGUGCGUGAUUCCUGAUGAUGACAUAAUUAAUGUCGAGAUACUGAAUCCCGACACGAUGGCGUAUAUUUAGAUACUUGGAGUAUGUAUUAUACUGUACGAUUCAAUUAUUAUACUGUACAAUUCGAACUCACGACCUUUGGUUCCCGAGAACACAUCGCUAACCGACCACGCCAUCUAUGCCACGUGUCAUGUCAUUAGUAAUUUAGUCUUUGCUGAAACCCCGGUUUUGUUUUGUUGGUGUAUGGGGCACCAUGGGUCCAACUUAAAAGAAGCCAUAAACGUUUGUUGGGAAUCACUUCUAGUUUAUGUGUACAAAACUUUCAGCAUGUCCGUUCAAAACUGGCGGCGCUUUUAAAAGUUUUGGUAACAACAAAAACAACAACAACAAGGUUCUGUGGUCCGCUUUGCGCGGACCCCUCAAAAAAGGAGUCGAUUAUUAGACGCCAAUUAAAUUAGGUAUGGCGCGCACUAAGCACAAUAAAAUAGUGAGUAACCCAACAUUAGCACAAGGAACUCAGGCUAUAAUUUUAGGAGGGGGUAGGAUUGAUGCUUGAGAAUUCUUCAGGAGUAAAACGGGAUGAUCCGUAAAAUACGGUACCUAGUUAGUUGUUUGGGAUUCUAUAUGUCUGCCUCUGUCUUAUUUGUGGUUUCAGUGUCGGAGUAAUAAUGAAGUGUGAGUGAUCACUGUUGAAAUUUAUUGAAUUAUUCGAGGAUAAAUACUGAAUAGUUCGACGCGCUGAGAGUGAGAAUCUUGAGUUUGUUAUUUCGUUAUUCACUUCUUUUUUUUCUGAAGUCCAGGGCCCAGGGCUCUGGCUGAACUCGUAAUCCUGACAAAGGACCCGUUCCGUUACAAUACGUUAUAAAACCCAUAUUACAAUAAUGGUACAUGAUUCCUGAUGAUGACAUAAUUAAUGUCGAAAUAUUGAAUCCCGACAAGACGGCGUAUAUUUAGAUACUUGGAGUAUGUAUUAUACUGUACUAUAUUGUGCAUGAUGUUCAUGUAUAGAACUUUAAAUAGAUUUUUUAAGUUCGAUUAUGGAGUGUUUUUCUAGCUUAAAUUUGUAUACAUUUUCAAUAAUUUUAAAUGAUUAUUUUCGUUAAUAAUAAAUAAUAUAAUUUUCCAAUUCUGGUCCCACUAAUUUAACAAGAACAAUUUGGUGUCCUGUGCGUUUAUUAUGGUUAUUUUAUGCAUAUUCUUGUUUUUCUUUUGUAAAAAAUAAACAAAAUUUGCAUUGUAUUUGCAUUAGAAUUAAGUUGGUUCUACGUGUGUGUUUGACGAUUUUAAAUUAUAACAAUUGUUAAUGGGAAUUCUACCUUUUUAUGAAUAUUUGAGAAAGUCUGUGGCUUUACGGAACGCAUGUUGACUGAUACAAAUUCGUUAGAUCAAAUGUGAGAGUUUUUGCUGUAUUUUGUGUUUUUCUGUAAUGAUAUGAAGACAACUUCUCAUUCCUAAUUUUCUUUAAUCAUGGCAUUUUUU